AUCAUCAUCAUCAUCAUUAUUAUUGCAAUCCUUCUGUAGGCUACAUGGAAUGAGUUCAAUGGGAUGCAAUGUGAAACAAUGUUAAAUGGCCUAUUGGUCAAGUGGUUAUUGCUGCUCAAUUUUGUACACACACACACACGCACACACACAACCUUAGGUUGUCCUCAUCCUGCUUUGAACACAGUUGUACAGCAUUUUAAGCACCAUCAGUUUGGGAAAAGCCUGCGCUGCACAAGUGACUGACCUACCGAAAUAAUUUUUAAUGCGCAUCCGAGGGUUUGGGGAUGUUGUCGCACACUAUACAAAAGGUUGUGGUGCUCAACCUGUUACUCUUCAGCUAAAUAAGGUGUUCCAGAGAGAAGUUGUAUGUUCCGUCGCAGGCAAAUGAAUCCAUAACACCGUGGACGUCAAUUCCGGUGUAAACAUACCAGUCGUGCAAAUAACUCGCUGAAGUCGCUGUAAGCUAUUUGUGGAGGUUUUUUUUAUUUGGUAAGUGAAAUCCACAUUUUCCUCUCGAGUUAAAUGUGUGCUGGCCUGUGCCAAGGCUAUAUAUGUAGGCCUAUUGGUGUUGUGUUGUGGCUAUGUUGUAAGAAUGUGAAAUUGAUAUAACAAGGUUUUUGCGCAAUAGCCGAAAAAGAGCAGAGAGCUAAACAACAAUGCGCUGUUACUGUAGUGCACUCUUGCGUUUUUUAAAUUCGUAAUAAGGAGGAAUGUAAGGAGGCUGCUGUAAAGAAUACAUCUGCAAUCCAAACUUGCCACACAAUCGCGGGAAACACGGCUAAGGUCGGGAGGCGUUAGAUCAGAAGCAGCAAAUGUGCGUCUGUCGUCUUGUCUGCAGUCAUUCAUUCAAGAUCAACAGAUUAACGCAAGUAACGAAGUCAUGUAAAUUUCAGUAACUGUUAUUGCGUUACUUGAUUUACACAAAUACUUUGUUACAUGCUUGUUACCACUAAAAGUAGUGGAAUUACAGUAAUGCAUUACUUUGUAACGGGUUACUUUCAGCACUGGUUGCGGGGCACAUUGACGUUAUCGAGCAAGCAGAGAUUUUCAUCAAUAUGAUCAGUCUUGAGUUUGGAUGUCAAGAAACGUUUGACUCGUGAUGUUUCAGUUUAGCUGCUGAUAUGGGCUCUGAGGCUCAGCUAAAUAUAUCUUUGUUAAAGUUGUAGAAUAUGAAGUCUUGGAAUUGGCUUCAAAGUCAGAAUGUCCUCUGUUGACGGGUCAUGUGAACAAGAGGGCAAUUGGAGGGGAAAAAGAGGGCAAUUGGAGGGAAUUGGGGGGGAAAAAUCAUUCGGCAGAAAUAAACUGUCUAGAAAUUGGCAUCCAAACAUGCGCUGUGUUAGACAUGGAUGUUUUACAAGCGGGCCAACUUGUUGCUCAAUCGAUGUCCCACAAUCCAUUGCAAAACUACGUGCUUCCACUGAUAAGGUUCCUUUUCAACAUGUCUUCUGGACAUUGUGGGUGGUCAGCAGCAAUCCUUGUCCAAAGUUCACCUGGUGUGAAUCAGACCCACUGCUGUGAUGACAUUAGUUAUGUGUGGCUGUGUGGUCUUGUUAUGUGUGUCUGUGGCUUUGUAAUCUGUGGAUCUGUGAAGCAAUAUGGCCUACUGUACAAUCAUAGCAAUUGUACAUACAAAAAUGCUCUCUCUGAUGUAUCCAGGGGAUGCAGUUAGACUGUUAGGGCAAACAGUGGACCAGCCAGACCCUUAUUAUUUUGAAAAUUGCGUAUUAAAGAAUGCAUUCCAAGAAGUUGCAGUAGUUUUCUCUGUAAUGAUUUUCUACAAAUUUGAAUUCUUGGAAGCAGUAACUCUUGCAUUAAGAUAUUUAUCCAAACAUAAUCGCUAUGGGCUUUCCUGCCCAGAGAAUCGAGGGGGUGUACAGAAACAACAUAGACGAUGUCGUACGGUUUCUAGACUCCAAGCAUAAAAAUCAUUAUAAAAUCUAUAAUCUAUGCGCUGAAAGAAAUUAUGAUGCUUCCAAAUUUAAUUGUCGUGUGGCCCAGUACCCUUUUGAGGACCAUAAUCCUCCACAGCUGGAGCUCAUUAAGCCCUUUUGUGAAGACCUUGACAAGUGGCUAAGCGAGGACGAUAAUCACGUAGCUGCCAUCCACUGCAAGGCGGGAAAAGGGCGCACCGGUGUGAUGAUAUGCGCGUACCUGCUGCACCGCGGCAAGUUCCUAAAGGCCCAGGAGGCACUGGACUUCUACGGCGAGGUUCGGACCAGAGAUAAGAAGGGAGUUACUAUCCCCAGCCAGAGGCGGUAUGUCCACUACUACAACUACCUGCUGAAGAACAACCUGGAGUACAAGCCCGUGGCGUUGCUCUUCCACAAGAUGGUUUUUGAGACCGUACCCAUGUUCAGUGGAGGCACCUGCAGGGAGACUGGUGUUAAAAACAAGAACGAGCAGAAUCCCCAUGGUUUCAGGAAAGGGAAUUGGCACUGGGAUCCCCAGUUUGUGGUCUACCAGCUGAAAGUGAAGAUCCACACUUCGAACCCCAUUCACACGCGACGCGAGGACAAGUACAUGAUCUUCGAGUUUCCUCAGCCUCUGCCUGUGUGUGGAGAUAUCAAGGUGGAAUUCUUCCAUAAGCAAAAUAAAAUGAUGAAGAAGGAGAAGAUGUUCCACUUCUGGGUGAACACGUUCUUCAUCCCUGGACCAGAGGAGAACUAUGAGAAGAUGGAGAACGGGGGUCUGGUGAAGGACCUGGACAGCCUCCCGCCGGCAGAGAAGGGCGAGAAUGACAGGGAUUACCUCAUCAUGCCGCUGACCAAGAAUGACCUUGACAAGGCCAACAAGGACAAGGCUAACAGAUACUUCUCGCCGAACUUCAAGGUGAAGCUGUACUUCACAAAGACGGUGGAAGAGCCGUCCAACUCUGAGGCCAGCACCUCCACGUCAGUCACGCCGGACGCUAGUGACAAUGAGCCGGACCAUUACCGAUACUCGGACACCACGGACUCUGACGCUGAUAACGAACCCUUCGACGAGGAGCAGCAGAUAACGAAAGUCUGAAUAUUUUUUAUGGGGGAAAUAACCGAAAAAUAAACAUGCAUACAAAGAGACAUAUAUACACACAAAAAAACCCUGAACGUUUGAAAAAAGGAGAAAACUUGAAUAUGAACUGAAAAAGCAAGUACCUUUUUUUUUUUUUUUUUUUUUUCUUUUCCAGACUGAGGUAGUUUGUCACAAGAAAAUGGCCACUGGUUUGUAGGGACAAUAAUCUCGACCAAUCACUCUUCAUUUCCUGCUUUUUUGGUUGUUUGUUUGUUUUCUUUUUACUUUUUGUCCCAUUUCGCUCAUGUGCAAGUAUGGACACCGGCUCUCAGUCAUAAAGGUUCACUAGCUAUUAUGUACAUAAUGUC